CUUUGCUUUAUAAUAACAAUAAUAAUACACAUAAAAUUGGAUUUAAUUAAAUAGAUGUGGACCUUUUUUUUCUAAUAAUAAUAUAAAAGAAAAAAUAAAUAAAUAAAGAAAAAGAGAGAGUGAAGAAAAGUGGGUUUAACAAUAAUUUGCUGCAAAGUUAGAAGAGGCUUCAGCUUUAUUAACUUCUUCUUUGCUUUCAUUCUCUUUCUCUCUAUCUAUCAUCAUCAUCCUCGUAAUCCUCAUCAUCUCUCCCCUUUCUCCUUCAUAUCCCUAGUUGCAGUUAAACAAAACAAAAGGCUGCUUCUCUUUCUUAUUUCUCAUCAAUGGUUUUAUGAGAUUAUCAAAAACAUUGAGCUAGAGAGAAAGAGAGAGAGAGUGUGUGUGUGUUGAAAAAGAUUGAAAAUCAUCAAGAUUGAUGGAGCAAGGAGGUGGAGGUGGUGGUGGUAAUGAAGUGGUGGAGGAAGCUUCACCUAUUAGUUCAAGACCUCCUGCUAACAACUUAGAAGAGCUUAUGAGAUUCUCAGCCGCCGCGGAUGACGGUGGAGGUGGAGGUGGAGGAGGAGGAGGAAGUGCGUCUUCUUCAUCGGGAAAUCGAUGGCCGAGAGAAGAAACACUAGCUCUUCUUCGGAUCCGAUCCGAUAUGGAUUCGACUUUUCGUGAUGCUACUCUCAAAGCUCCUCUUUGGGAACAUGUUUCCAGGAAGCUAUUGGAGUUAGGUUACAAACGAAGUUCAAAGAAAUGCAAAGAGAAAUUCGAAAACGUUCAGAAAUAUUACAAACGCACUAAAGAAACUCGUGGUGGUCGUCAUGAUGGUAAAGCUUACAAGUUCUUCUCUCAGCUUGAAGCUCUCAACACUACUCCUCCUUCAUCUUCCCUCGACGUCACUCCUCUCUCCGUCGCUAAUCCCAUUCUCAUGCCUACUUCUUCUUCUUCUCCAUUUCCCGUCUUCUCUCAACCGCAACCGCAACCGCAACCGCUUCAAACGCAUAAUGUCUCUUUUACUCCUACUCCACCACCUCCUCCACUUCCUUCAAUGGUUCCGACCUUUCCUGGUGUUACCUUCUCGUCUCAUAGCUCAUCGACGGCUUCAGGAAUGGGUUCUGAUGAUGACGACGACGAGAUGGACGUGGAUCAAGCUAACAUUGCGGGUUCCAGUAGCCGAAAACGCAAACGUGGAAACCGCGGUGGAGGUGGUAAAAUGAUGAAAUUAUUUGAAGGUUUGGUUAGACAAGUAAUGCAAAAGCAAGCGGCGAUGCAAAGGAGUUUCUUGGAGGCGCUUGAGAAGAGAGAGCAAGAACGUCUUGAUCGAGAAGAAGCUUGGAAACGUCAAGAAAUGGCUCGGUUAGCUCGAGAACACGAGGUCAUGUCUCAAGAACGAGCCGCCUCUGCUUCUCGUGACGCCGCAAUCAUUUCAUUGAUUCAAAAAAUUACUGGCCACACCAUUCAGUUACCUCCUUCUUUAUCAUCACAACCGCCUCAACCGCCUCCUCCACCGUAUCAACCGCCACCCGCGGUUGCUAAACGUGUGGCGGAACCACCAUUAUCAACAGCUCAAUCUCAAUUACAACAACCAAUAAUGGCGAUUCCACAACAACAAAUUCUUCCUCCUCCUCCUCCUCCUCCUCCUCAUCUUCCUCAUCAACCAGAACAGAAACAACAACAACAACAACAACCGCAACAACAAGAGAUGGUCAUGAGCUCGGAACAAUCAUCAUUACCAUCAUCAUCAAGAUGGCCAAAGGCGGAGAUUCUAGCGCUUAUAAACCUUAGAAGCGGAAUGGAACCAAGAUACCAAGAUAAUGUCCCUAAAGGACUUCUAUGGGAAGAGAUCUCAACGUCAAUGAAGAGAAUGGGAUACAACAGAAACGCUAAGAGAUGUAAAGAGAAAUGGGAAAACAUAAACAAGUACUACAAGAAAGUUAAAGAAAGCAACAAGAAACGUCCUCAAGAUGCUAAGACUUGUCCUUACUUUCACCGUCUUGAUCUUCUUUACCGCAACAAAGUACUUGGUAGUGGUGGCGGUUCUAGCACUUCUGGUCUACCUCAAGACCAAAAGCAGAGUCCAGUCCCUGCGAUGAAACUGCCACAAGAAGGACUUGUUAAUGUUCAACAACCUCAUGGGUCAGCUUCAAGUGAGGAAGAGGAGCCUAUAGAGGAAAGUCCACAAGGAACCGAAAAGCCAGAAGACCUUGUGAUGAGAGAGCUGAUGCAACAACAACAAGAAUCAAUGAUCGGUGAGUAUGAAAAGAUUGAAGAGUCUCACAAUUAUAAUAACAUGGAGGAAGAGGAAGAGGAGAUGGAUGAAGAAGAACUAGACGAGGAUGAGAAAUCCGCGGCUUUCGAGAUUGCGUUUCAAAGCCCUGCAAACAGAGGAGGCAAUGGCCACACGGAACCACCUUUCUUGACAAUGGUUCAGUAAAAAAUCAUUGAUUCAAGAAAAUGUACUUAUGUGUGCAUAGUUUCUAAACAAACACCCAAAAACACAAAACACAAACACACACACACACAUCUGACACCACAAACUGAAAAAUCAAGAUCAUCAUCGAUCUUCGAUUUUUCAGUGAAUACAAUUCUUUUUCACAUUCUUUCCCUUUUGUUCUUUUAUUUCUCACUGUCUCUUGUUUGUUUCUUCUUCUGUUCAUUGUUUUCUUCUUCAACACCACCCACAUGAACAAAAACUCUAGCUAAAGGUCUUUUAGAUUAUUUGGAGUUGUAAUUCAUCAGCAAGUCUCACACUUUUUUCUUUUUUUCCUUAAAAACAUUUGUUGAUUGGUUAAUUGGGGAAUAAAUAGUCUUUUUUUUUUUU